CAGUUUUUCGACGGAGGGUCUGCCGGUAUGCUGCCAUGAUGUUGGACAAUUCGAGGAGAUGGUGGCAACGAGUGUGCAGCGAGUGGAGAAAAUCGAGCAUCGGAACAGUAGUUUCCUGCUCCGACUGACGGUGUGGGAUGGAGCUGUAUCUCCGACGUUUAACGGGUUCCGCCUUGAUGAGCUUCCUGUGAAAUGAAGCAAGACAAGAAUCUUCCCCACCGACCUCCUAACACCUUGACAACGGACAUCUCCCCAGGUUUCGACAAAUUCAACCCGUCUGACAAUGGUCCAAGUCGUGUGAUUUUAAGAGGACCGGAUAUGCUGUUUGUAACCUGCAGCAAUUUGGUAUCAAGUACUUGGAACUGCAGUCGUUUGUUCGAGAUUUAGAAUGCAGCAAUUUGGUAUCAAGUACUUGGAACUGCAGUCGUUUGUUCGAGGUCUAGAAAACGAAUUCGAGAGAAAAGAGAUUGAGAAGAAAAACUCCGAAUUUGGUACCAAAACAAGACUUGAAGAGCAUUGGAAAUAUGAAUUGGUUGCUGAUAUGGUCAAAGCGGAAUUUGGACUGUAUAGUGCAACAGGUGGAAGGGUGCUUGUUUGGCUGGAACAAAUCCACGUUCAACCUCUGGAACUUUUGAGCACCGAUGAACGCAUUCGACGUCAAUCGAUUGGAGUAACGAUAUUAUGGAAUAACAUAUUGGUGAUGAUUCAGUGUGAUGGAAACAUCUUGCCCCAAAAGCACCAAGGUUUUUAUCGAUUUCAUUGAGCAUCUGAUGUCGUUCAUGGACGAAGGAAGUUGAUGGAUGAUUUGGAAGG